GCUGGGACACCCAGGAGUGAUUGCACAGCAGGGUUUCACCAGCUGGGCUGCCCGGGAGGCAGAGCAGCCUUGGAGGGAGCUGCCCCAACCCCCCUGUCCACCUCCCUGCAGACAUGAAAGUGAUCGUGGGCAUCGGAGGAGUGACCAACAGUGGCAAGACCACAUUGACCAACAGCCCACAAGGCAUGCCCAAUUGCUGUGUGAUCCAUCAAGAUGAGUUUUUCAAGCCCCAAGACCAAAUAGCGGUUGGGGAGGACGGUUUCAAACAGUGGGACGUGCUGGAGUCUCUGGACAUGGAGGCCAUGCUGAGCACAGUGCAGGCCUGGGUAAAAAGCCCCCAGAAAUUCGCCCGUGCCCAUGGUGUCAGCGUCCAGUCAGAUGCUUCAGACACCCACAUCCUGCUUCUAGAAGGUUUCCUGAUCUACAGUUACAAGCCCCUGUUGGACGUCUACAGCCGCCGGUACUUCCUGACUGUCCCAUAUGAAGAAAGCAGACAGAGAAGAAGGACCCGCAAGUACGUGGUUGCUGAUCCCCCAGGCGUCUUCGAGGGCCAUGUGUGGCCCAUGUACCUGAAGUAUAAACAGGAGAUGGAGGCAGAUGGUGUGGAAGUGGUGUAUUUAGAUGGCAUGCAGCCCCGGGAGGAGCUGGUCCACCAAGUCCUGGAGGACAUUCAGAACAUGCUUCUAAACUGCUCCUAGGUGGUGUCCACCCUGCCGGGCUGCAGGGACUCUGGGCACAAUUCUAGCCACAGAACAGCCAGGCCUGCAGUGAUCAGGUUGGACACUGUGACCAUUUCCCUUUGAGGAGUCUGUACAUAGGACGGGGGAUUGGGGAAAAGCAUACUCCCACGCGGUGUCUCAGGGCCCUGGGACCCAGCCCUGGGAUGCCUUUGCCACUUCACCACAUCUUCAUAUUAAACUUGGCCCAGUUUUUAUAACUCUUGGGGUUUAGCGUAUUCUGUACAAGGACCUUCUGCUCCUCCGCUGGUUCCUGGUGGCUCUAAGGAUGCUACUGACAGAGAGCCCUGGCCACUCACAGUCUCCACCUGUUGAGAACUUUGCCAAUGUGACCCUGGGGACUCAGUUUACCUAAACAGGAAAUUUCCCGAGCUUUCAACCAACAGCUGGGGUGACACAGGAGGCCUGAGCUUUUCCCUUCUCUUGGUUGAGCCUCACCUUCUCCUGUCCAAUCCUUGUCCUUUCUUUGUGACUAAAGCUGUACCUGCUUUGUAGGGUCAUUCAGGUUUUUCCAUGACCUAAAAUACCCAUAAAGCACACACGUCCUGUCCAGGGACCAAGCCUGCUCCCUCUCCAAGAGAACUCAUGCUUCCCUGAGCCCUCCUGGCAGCCUCAGCGUGACAUGUUAUUAUUUUUGCCCAUUCAGAGUAACUGGGAUUUGAACCUGGGUCUCCCUUUCUGUGGACAUUCUUUUUGCCUGCAGUGGCUGAAAGGUCUGUGGAGAGCCCAGGAUUGGAGGGGUGGUGAUGGGGCACCUGAGGGAGACACUCCAUGGCCACCAGUCCCCACCGUCAGUCCAGAAAGACAAAAACAAUUCCGCAGUCCAGAAUGGCAUGAAUGGGGGAAAUUAUGAAUGAAAAAAGGACAGAAAGAAUGAAUUGCCAUAUAAUUGAGCAAUUCUAUUCCUUCAAAUAUACCCCAAAUAAUUGAAAACAGGUGAUCAAAUGAAAACAGGUACACAAAUUUAUCACAACAGGCAAAAUGUGGACACAACCCAGGUGUCCAUCAAUGGACAGGUGGACACACAAAGCAUGCUCCAUCCACACACUGGAAUAGGACGAGGUUCUGCCCCACACUACAACAUGGAGGACCUCAGGACACGGUGCUCAGUGAGAGGAGCAGACACACAAGCACACAGCAUGUGACUCCAUUGAUAGGACACGUCCAGAACAGGAUCAAGGGACAGGAAGUGGACUCGUGGGGACCAGGGCUGGGGAGGGGUGGUGGGACUGCUCAUGGGGCAAUGGAAAGUUCUGUUCAAGAACUAGAUAGAGGUGAUGGCUGCACAGCAUUGUGAUGAGCUGGACUGUGCAUUGCACCUUGAGAGGUAAAGCGCAAGAGCGGGAAGGAGGGAGGAGGAGGCACGGCCCAACGCAGGCACUGAUAUGAUUUUAGGCAGGCAGGAUAGAUCUGCAGAGGCACAGGGGUCCCCAAGUGCAGGGAGAGUCCAGACAGCUUCCUUGCUGUGUUUGUAGUCAGCAGGAUGAGGAGAGGCUGUAGGAUGGGAAGCUUGGGUGUCCAGAGCCUUGUCCCCCACAUGGCACAUGGCCAGGUCUGUCACCUCACUGUCUGCCUCAGCCCCACUGCCCCUGCUUUCUACAUUGGGGGUCUGUGCUAUGGGGUCUCCAUGAGCUUUGAAGCUCCCUGCCUUCUUUCAGGGAUGGGUCAGGUGCUGGGUCAGUCUUAUAAGGUCUGUCUCUGUGGGUGCCCCAUCUUGCCUCUGUCCAGCCUUGGGUUAGGGGACCCCAACCUCUGAGAAAUUGCUAGCUUCCUAUGUCCAGUUGCCCAGCUGUGACCCCUUCUAAACACGCCCGUUCUGCAGCAGAAAUAACCCUUAUCAGCAGACAAUGGCUACACUUCUUCACACGUUGGGCCUCAAAACCAGGCACAAGGCAGGGCAUGGAUGAGAAUGUAAAGCAGACAGACAGAUGGACAGAUACAGGGACAGACAAAUAGAUACAUUGAUGUAGGCAAAGAUAGGUAGGAGGAUGGAUGGGUGGAUGGGUGGAUGGAUGGGUGGGUGGAUG